AUGGAAGAGUUCUCUAAGCUACUUUAUAUACCCAUUCUUGAUCAGGUAACCUUCACAGGAUUAGAGAAUGUUCCAAAACCUGAAGUUACUACAACAACCUUACAUAUGAAGAAGUCAAACAUUGUGUCUAAUUGGGAAACAAGGAGUGGAGUCAAAGGUUUUCUUGCUAAGUUCCUGAUUGAGAAAGCUCGAUUGUUCCUAAGUGCUAUGAAUUAUCAUGCUUUUGAGGAGGUAUUGGCUCUAUUGAUAUAUGGUUUGGUGUUGUUCCCUAAUCUAGAUCAGCUGAUAGAUGUGCAUGCUAUCAAAAUAUUUUUGACUCACAACCCGAUACCUACUUUGCUUGGAGAUAUUCUGCAUUUGCUUCACACUCGUACCAUUAAGGAGCGAGGGACUCUCAUGUGUUGCAUACCUCUACUAUCCAAGUGGUUUACUUUGCACCUUCCCCGAUCCGUGUUGAAGAAUGAACAAAGGAUGCAGUGGUCUCGAAGGAUAAUGUCACUCUCCCAGUCAGAUAUCCAUUGGGAAUUCCCUAAUGUGCCACGCCUUGGUAUUAGGGGAAGUAUCACUUAUAAUCCUUCAUUAGCUCUACACCAGUUUGGUUACGCUCGAGGGGAUGGUCCUCACGACAUGAUUAUUCAGGGUAUUGUGUUUAAUUACGAAGAUGAUCCUCAAGGUUACCGUCAAAGGUUUAUACGCGCAUGGAAUAAGGUGUAUAAGGUUGAUAGCAAGACGUUGGGAAGAAAGAACUCAAUUCUUUUGGGGCCUUACCUCGGAUGGAUGCACGCUCGUGCUCGAGAUCUUAUUAUGCCAUAUCAUGUUGUCCUACCAGUGAUUAUUGAACCUGAGUUUGAAGGAGAUGUUCCUCAAGUUAUUCUUCAUCCAGACAUGCCUACUAAUCUUGAAGAGCUACAAAAAUCUUGGAUUCAACUGAAAGAGGACAGAGAUACCUUUGAGACUCAAUUUUAUGCCAAUGAAAAGAAGGUGUUAGAGAUCACAAAGCGACUUCACGAAGAACAGAGCAUUAAUGCAUAUGUUGGCACAAAGAGAAGGCGUCCAUGGGAGACCUAA